CCUCCUCCCGCCCCCGUAUGCUCUCGGUCCCUCCCUGGGAACAGGCGCUGCCCACCCAAGGAGGCGACCGGCGCUCCUGCCCCGCUGCCGCUCGCUCGCACACACAGACACACACACACACACAUAUACCCGUGCGUGCGCCUCUGGCUCCGCACUGGAGUCAGUGCUGGUGCGUGCAGGUUGCUCAGACCUGAAAUCUAAGGGAAAAGCUCAGCGUUUGCGUCGCUGCUCCUGCCGCCGGUGGUGGUAGCGGUGAAGAGAAGAGGGGCUUCUGUGAUUUUGUUUCUUUUUUUUUUUUUUUUUUUUAAUCCCACCUCCAUUGAAUUCAAUGGAUCUGAACUUGGAGUCUUUGGACCUCGGUGGUUUUGGAAUACCUACAUGCUGAUCCUUUUUAUUUUGACACAUCAAGUCGUUUGGGGAAACCAUCCGAAGACAGCAAGAUGUUUCUCGUUCUCUUGUACUUCGCUUUGCCCUUAGUGGAUGUACUUUUGUGUGCAGAAGUGAGCGGGCUGCCUGGAGGGGACCGCCUCGACUGCGUGAAAGCCAGCGAUCAGUGUCUGAAGGAGCAGAGCUGUAGUACUAAAUACAGGACACUGAGGCAGUGUGUAGCCGGUAAAGAGAGCAACUUCAGCCGGGCCACGGGCCUGGAGGCGAAGGACGAAUGCAGAAGCGCCAUGGAAGCUCUCAAGCAGAAAUCCCUGUACAACUGUCGCUGUAAGAGGGGCAUGAAGAAGGAGAAAAACUGCCUGCGCAUUUACUGGAGCAUGUACCAGAGCUUGCAGGGAAAUGACUUACUUGAAGAUUCCCCUUAUGAACCAGUUAACAGCAGACUAUCAGACAUAUUCAGGCUAGCACCAAUUGUAUCAGUGGAGCCAGUACUUUCAAAGGGGAACAAUUGCUUGGAUGCAGCAAAAGCUUGCAACCUAAAUGAUACCUGCAAGAGGUUCAGAUCUGCUUACAUAACCCCCUGCACCAGCAGCACGUCUAAUGAAAUCUGUAACAAGCGGAAGUGUCAUAAGGCCCUCCGGCUAUUUUUUGACAAAGUCCCCCCAAAGCACAGCUAUGGGAUGCUCUUCUGCUCCUGUCGAGACGUAGCCUGUACAGAAAGGAGACGGCAGACUAUUGUUCCUGUGUGUUCGUAUGAGGACAGGGAGAAACCAAACUGCCUGAAUUUACAAGAAUCCUGCAAGAAGAAUUACAUCUGCAGAUCUCGCCUUGCAGAUUUCUUCACAAACUGCCAGCCUGAGUCACGGUCUGUUAGCAGCUGUCUGAAGGAGAAUUAUGCUGACUGCCUGCUCGCUUACUCGGGGCUUAUUGGCACCGUGAUGACACCAAACUACAUAGACUCAAACAGUCUCAGUGUUGCCCCGUGGUGCGACUGCAGCAACAGUGGUAAUGACAGAGAGGAAUGCGAGAAGUUCCUGAAUUUCUUCCAGGACAACAUAUGCCUUAAAAAUGCUAUUCAGGCCUUCGGCAAUGGUACUGAUGUAAAUGUCUGGCAGCCAAUCUUACCAGUACAGACCACUACAGCCACAACUACAACAGCUUCCAGACUUAAAAACACAGGUUCAGAGACCACCAACAAUGAAAUACCCUCCCACAAUGAUUCACCAGCAUGUGCAAACCUGCAGGCACAGAAGAAGCGAAAAUCCAAUGAAUCUGUAGAUACAGAGCUCUGUCUUAAUGAGAAUGCUAUUGGGAAGGACAACACAGCAGGAGUCUCCACCAGUCACAUAUCUGCGGAGAAUUCACUCGCUCUUCCUACAAGCUUCUAUCUAAGCACACAGCUCACCCUGAUGACACUUGCACUCUCACUCUGUUUGUCCCUAAGCUCAUCAGUCGUCUUGUAGCUGCAUUACAUUACAAAAGGACGUGUAAAAAAAAAAUCUGUUUGCUGUCCUCUGUUGUUUAUCUGGAAUUCCAGGUCUGGGAGCUAAGCUGAGGCACACCUGUUAGAACAGUCUCAGUCAGCUGGAAUUUUACUUUUUUUUCUCUCUAAAAAAAGCUUCUUGUGAUAUUUAGAGGCUUUGUGAAAUACUUGGUGCAGUGCUACAUUCCAAACCCAAAAGGCUUUUGGGCAUGCAGUGUUUUAAAGAGACAGUGUGUAAAUUUGCCUGUAAAGCGACCUGGUUGGAUUAUUUUAAUAAUUAUUAUUUUAAUUCUGGCUUUUAUCUGAGAAGGAAGAUGGCAGUUUUCUUAAGAUCUUGUUUAUCUCAUUGAAUGGUUUUGGUUUUCAAAGUGGUUGAACUUCAGACUAUCAAGGAUGCCAGGCUUUUGUCUAAUGGUGAAUGUUCUCCCAGAGAGUGGACUUUAUGAAACUUCUUCAUUUGAUAAAUCGCUACUGAUGUUAAACUCUUUCAGUGUGUUAGCAUUUUCCUCUUUAAAUGUUUACGUACUGUAAGUGAUUCUGCGUUCCCUGCUGAGAAGCCAUUAUAAUUCACAUACAGGUAUAAUGUAUGUCUUUCAGUUAAAUUCUCAUAAAAAUAGAGUGUGGCGUAGAACCUUCUAACAGUACAUUUAUCUUUUAAUUAUAAUCAUCUAGCCUUAACAAGAGUGAAGAUUCUUUAAAUUAGCAAGAAGCAGCCAUUGUGAAAGCUUGAUAAAGAUACAUUUCUUUAAAUAUGAGGAACAAUUUUGCUACAGGGUUUCAGCUGUACAGUCUAUGGUCUUCUAUGCUUCCAUUGUGAUAAUAUAGUCCAGUUAUUAUACUGUUUGUUUAAUAAAAAAAUGACAUACAAUUUAUUUGCUCUACUAAAAUGUUAUCUGUUUAUACAUACUUGAUAAUGUCAGAUCAAAAAGUUACAGGAACUUCAUGCCUUACUUCUCUUAUCAAAACAUUGUAGAAGGACAAGAGGAAGUAGGAUAUUAUUUAAAUUGUGGUUUAUUUCUUACACUGCUACAAUCAACACAAAAAAUGGUUGACCCAGUUACAAGGCAGCGCCAUGCACACACAUGAUUUUCUCACUGUGGUAGUUCCUACUGCAGACCUUGGCAUUGCUGACAUGAUGAACUGUUUGCAAGACCAGUCCCAUAAAUUAAUUUGGUGGUUCAGAUGGCAAUAUUGCCAAUAUACAUGAUUUAAUCUCGGUUCUAACUCAGUGACACUGGCAGCCCGUGCUGGCUCAUGAUGAUUUCCUACAGUAUCUAGAAGGAAUUCUUUAAAGCUUUAAAUGUCAGGAAAUAGUCAGCAUUUCUCCUAAGGGCUGUCUUUAUACCUUACUGUGAUGGCUUGUUGACUGUUACAAGCAGUUAUGUCUAAGUGAUCAGCAGUAAUCAGCUUUUGUUUCUACUGGAAGUAGAAGAUACCUUCUCAAGCAAGGAGUUCAUCAUGUUGAAUGUACGGAUUUACGUUGAGACUUACACAGUUAUGGCCUGUCCUGCUCUGAAAUGUCCAGAUCACUUAUUUGCAAUAGAACUAUAAAGUACAAAUUACUGUUUUAUAAACUGCACUGAAGUUUUGGAGUGUGCAAAAUACACAUCUUACUAAGAGAUUAUUAAACUUAUUGACACGUUCAUCUUUUGAGAUUUUUUCUUAGCUAAUAAUAAACACUUUCAUAAAAUUUGAAAUUCAUUUAUGUACUUUUGAUUAUGGUCACGUAAUAUACAUCUCAAAGCGAUGUGUAUGGGAUAGAAUUCUAUGAUACUCUGUGUCACUGAACAUGAAAAAUUAGACAAUAUUACUCUUUAAUUCUGUGUUGGUAAGAAACUGCAAAUUACUUUCAAAGGGAACGGAGCUGCUUUCAGAGAAGAGAUAUAUAGCCCAUCACUGCCAGCAAAGCCCAUGUGGUUCCUGUUGCUCUUCUUGUAGAAGAGAAUGAAAUUAUUGAAAACUAGUGGUAGCAGAAAAAAGAUUACGAGAUUCAUGAUUUAAAAAAUGAAUCAAAUUCGUUUACGUCAAAAGGAGUUGAUAGUAUAAUCUAUUGAAAUGCUAAUGAACAUUGUACUAGAAUUCAAAAGUCUGACAUUAUCCAAUUAAAAAUAUUUUCAAAACAAAUUCAUAAACAUUACAAUUACUAAACCCAUCUUUGAUUCCCAAAGCUUUCUUUAAAAUAUGGUUUGUAUUCAGCACAUUAAACAUUUUAGGCAGUAUCGGGAAUUUUAAUAUUCUCCAAGUAUAGCGUGUAUUUUUUGAAGAUUUUUACAUUUGGUUUGAUUUCAAUUAUCUGUUAUAUUUAAUACCAGUUAUUAGAGUUCUGGCACUGUGUGAUCCAGAAUAAAAGCUGUUGGUCACAUAUACUGUAAAUAACAACUUACUAGUUUCUUAUUUCAAAAGAAACUGCUAACUAUCUGAGUCAACGAGAGUUACCUUUGGAAAUACCAUUCAUAUAUAGUAGGGGAAAAAAUGGUGUUUUAUGUGGGUAGCCAUGUUAUCACAAAAAAAGCCCAACAGAACACUGAAGCUUUUUCUCCUGUAAAUUAAAAGCAUACUGAAUUCUUAAAAAAAAAAAAAAAAGCAGCUUAUUAAACAGGCAGAAGAGAAAAAACCCCUUAGGAGUCUGAUACUUCAUACAAAAGUUUUUACAGGCAUCACCAUGCAAAUAUUGGAGGAUGUGGUGUGGAUGAUAUCAGUUUAUCAUGGUGACCUCAUCUGUGCAGUCAUUUACUACUGUACUGAAGUAUGCAAAUACUUUUUCAUUUUUUUCCCCUUUCAGUCAUUAAAAUGCCAUAUGUUAAGUUUUCAAAUGAACAAGCUUAGUCUGGGCUUUAUAUAUUCCUUUAAAAGAUUAAUGUUAUCCAUGUAACAAUAAGACAGGAACUGUCCAAAUACAGGAUGUGCAUAGGGGUGACCUGCUGAUUCAGUUGUAAAUCUAACCAGUUUCACUUGGGUGUAAAUCAUGGGCUACUGAAAACAUAUCAAAAUCAUCUUUUUCAUUUAAUUUCAUCAAUGUCAUAGUGGCACAGACAUUGUCAUUAGUAUUAUUAAAAGCAUGUUUAUGUUUCUUUUUGAGAGUAGCUCACAAGGAAAAUUUUAUAAAGGUAAAAUUCAGACUGAACUGAAAUACAUGGCUAAGGUUUUACAGUAUUCAACAUAAUUAUUAAUUCCACAAGCUAGUCCAGUGAAAGAGGCACUGAAGGUGAAUCUUUUAGAUAUGAGCAACAAUAACAGCAGUUGAGGGUUUCCCUUGCCCCAGUGUGUGUGGUGACACCCACCAGCAGGCAGCAGUCCUGAGGAUUGUCCGUGCAGUGGUUUGGUCAGUAAGGAGGGGUGCAGCUCUCCUUUCACUGACUUGGCUCCCUGAGAUCCUUCAAGAGAAUGGAUAUGUGGUGCUGAGGACUGAGCAGGAGCCAUCCAUCUGUCUUCUGCAGGGCACUGGCCACUUUUCAUUGCGCAGCUUCAUUCCCACUGUGUCAUUAGGAUGAAUUAGGUGGAAGUGGAAUUGUUAAUAAUUUCAAAGCAUUGCAUAGACAGAUUGUCGGGCGACCUAUUCACAGGCUUAUUUUUUUUUAAAUAAAAUUGUGUCCCUCUAAGGCCCAGCCUUUGGAAUAUGAGGCCGUUCACAAUUUUUUGCUGUUUUAAUUAGUAGACUGAAAAUACAAAAGUGUACACCUUUACUAAGCCUAUGCAAUUAGGCUGGAGAUGAAGAAAACAGAUCAGGAAUCACCUUGAAAUCUCAAUCCCCAUUAAAAUUUGUAAUUGUUGCUUAAUCAGUAUGAUAUUUCUGUGGAGUAAAGGCGAUGAGAAACCAGUGAAGGAGAAGAGCAAAACUCAGAACAGCUCCCUGAAGGGAGGUAAAUCUUGUGUAUGUCAAGUGACAUGAGUAUCCCAUACUUAGCUUGUAAUAAAAGACCUGGAUUCUGCUAGAACAGGAGCUCUUUCAGAGCAAGCAGUAAAAGAUGGAAGCACGAGCAGUUAUUCAUACAACAGUUAUAACAUUCAUAAAAUGUAAUUCUUUGUCAUCAACACCAAGGUGGAUCUACCUCACUGAAAAAUAUAUGUUCACUGACAUUCUCUCUUUCUGUGUUAAAUUGUUCUGCGUUCUGCAUGUUCUGUAUUAGAGCUGUUCUGGGCUAAAGAGGUCUCCAAGGUUGUUUUAUGCCCAUAAGGUUACUCAGAGUCUACCUGACGUCCCUGACAUCAAAUAGAAAUAUAUUUACUUCUGAUGAACUUGGCAGAGAAAUUAAUCCAGUGACUUGUUCAAUAUUUCUUAUCUUUAAAUAUUUGCUUUUUCUUAGCAGCUCGUUCCUUCUAUGACAUUUCAAUUAUUGAGUAUUUCAGCUUCUCCUUUAACUUGGGAAGGUAAUUUUGUCCAACUCUACAGUAUUCCACUUUAUACAUUUGCUUCAGUGGGUUUUCUUUUUUAAUUACAGCCUUCGCUUUUGAGAAAAAAAAAUAUGAUCAGGAAUCUGGGUCUAUGGAACUAAGAACACCUUUAAAGGGGAGGAAACUGCAAGUUCCUAUUUUAUCUUUUCAGCACUGAUUUGACUUGAAUAAACGAAAACAUGAUGUCGCUAUUCCCCGGAUGGAAUUUAAAAUUUAGUUUGGUACUGAAUAGGAUUGAAAACUUUCACACUCUCACAAGCUAUUAGAAAUAUUUAAGUACUUCUAAUGUAUUUUCCAGUUGGAAUUUCAGUCAAAUAGAUAAAGUCUCACUAAGUAGUAGUUUUUUUUAAGAGAAAGAAGUCUCUUUGGAAAUUGUGAUGGCUCCAUUUUUAAGGUAAAAUUAGAGAGGAUGGUGAAUUCCCAUUUUUGAUUCAAUAUUAUCUCAACUCUCAUACACCCUUGUUUCAUGUUCUCUUAUGAGUGUGUUUGCCUGCAGGCAGUGGUUACACUUAAUAGAUACAUAUUAGCUAUGGUCACCUCAAUAGCUGGAAGCUAACUCCUGAAACUCCUACUUAGAUGUUCCAUCUCUUUUUAUCUUACAUAAAAGCAUGAGCAACAAAUUCAAGAUGUGGCCUAAAGAUUACCUGAAGUUUAAAAGAGCAUAGAGUCAACAAAUUUCUCAGUAGCAUUUCUUAUCGGUAGAGAUAGUGGUGUUCUCUAUUAGUACUAUCUAGAGUACUCCCAGAAGUUCGCUGAGCACAUUUAACCAGAGUUAAACCAGUUUCUGCUGUUUUACCUUUUUCAGGUGCCAAUAGCAGUUGCCGUGCAUAGAAUUAGAGCUAAUUGCUGCCUAGAUUAAAGCAGCCAAACGUUAGCUCCUUUUCCCCUGCUUUUAGUGAUGCCAGCACACUAAUUCUUUUGCACUGCUUUUUAAUCUGUCAAAAGGAGAAUUGCCUAGAAUCCAGAAGAAAAUUAGUCAUAGAUUUAAAGGCAAUUUUCUUCAAAUUCCUCCUUCCAAAAUACCAUAAUUACUGACUUCUUACAAACUCCUGUCCUCCAAACACUGAAUACCCCCUGCUCAGCAUGUUCAGUUCUUAGCAAACUGAGCAAGAGUUUGGGGGAUUCAGCUUCUAGUAAAGGAGGCUGUGUAUGUUUUCAAGACUCUUCAAGCCUCUUAUUCUGCAAAUGGAUGUCCCCUCCAGCCUUUUCUGAUUUCAUUUGCUCAAUCUGCUUGGAAACACCAAAGAACUGGAAAUGGCUGACUGAUGCCACCCAGGUCUUGGUGUCAGUCUCAGUAACUGUAGUCCAUCUCGGGUCAGUAAUCUCAGCCCACAUUUACUGGCCAGUUGCAUAAAAGCAGGAUCACAGCAGGCACUAACAGGCAGCAGCAUUCUUCUGGCUGACCACAGAUGCACUGGUAACACGCUGUACAUCGGCACUGGCUGGUGUGUACCAAGCCUUUGUGUCUCCUUCAUCAGCCAGACCUGUCCAGCUGGGGUGGAGCUCAUGUACACACCCUAAUAAACCUGUUGGAACUACAGGCCAACAAAUAAGUCAUGCCAGGCUUGCUAGCUCCAGCUUUUCAGCUGGUCUGCACUGAAUAAUGUUGAUUUUGACCACUGCUCUUGUCCUUCGGUCAAAGCUUAAAUGCUGCAAAAGCUAAUCCCCAUCGAUUUACUGAACAAUGGGGUGAUAUAAACUCCUUUAAGCAUA